GGAACCGACUGAGAGUCCACAAUAUUCCGACUCGUAACUUCCUGCGGUCGGUCUAUGUGUUGCUAGUUCGUGCAGGUUGAGGGAAUCAAGUGAAGCACACGCCUGGAUCUGAGGACAGAGAUGGAUAAGACAGAUUUGCCCCCACCUGGCCCGGAUGACCUGCCUCUCUCCUUGCUGGAGAUGGGCUGUUCAGGGAGAUUUGAGCUGCUCACGCAUCCACUGCCCAGCAACAAGGCUCUCCAUCCACAGAGCACUCUUCCUCAUGGGCUUCCUCCCACCAGUCUAGACCUGAAGAUGGAGGUGGAGAAGCGCUUCCUGCGUGAUCCUGCAUGGAUGCCCAUACAUGACACCACUGAUGCAUUCCAGAAGUUUCUUAAAUUGACUAAGAGGGACAGACAGGUGGACUCGUUGUUGCACUGUUCCCUCACUCCUCUGCACUCCGGCCUGUCUGUAGUGAGAGACCCCACCACCGGCCUGCUGCUGGACUUCACUGAGGUGUUACUGGAACAUACCGACUUGUCAGCAAAGAAUUCUUUAUCAUUGCAAAGGCAGCCAGGACCUCCAGCUGAGAGCCUCCGAGGAAGUAACACAAACUACCCCUUUUUGCCAGCUGGGAUGGAGGAGCUGACAUUAGAGCAGAUAAAGAAAAAAUCUGAGCUGGAGGAAGACAUUGACUUUGAACAUGAUUUACUGGCAGUGCCUCCGGGGUUUAAAGCGGGCAUGGACUUCAGUGACAAAGAAGCCAAAACCAUGAAAGCUGAAGUGAACCUGCUGUCGCUCCUGUCCAGUUUUGAUGACAUAAUUGAUCAAACACCCGAAGAAAAAGAAAAAGGCUCGGAAAGUGGAGAGACAUCAAAACUUCCCAGAACCAACAGCCUUGAGGAUCUGGGAAUCAAGGACGCACCUCUGCCCUCCCCUGCUCCACCUGAAGCCUCAGCUGUGGACAAAACAGAUGAAGGGAAGAAAAAAGACAAAGAGAAGAAGUGGGCGGUGCCUGUGGAUAUCACUUUUCCCUGUGAUGAUUUCUACAAACGGAUCCCUGAUCCUGCUUUUAAGUAUCCGUUUGAGCUGGACGUCUUUCAGAAGCAGGCCAUCCUCAGGCUGGAGGCUCAUGACUCUGUGUUUGUUGCUGCUCACACCUCAGCUGGCAAGACCGUGGUGGCUGAGUACGCCAUCGCUCUCUCACAAAAACACAUGACCAGGACCAUCUAUACCUCUCCCAUUAAAGCUUUGUCCAAUCAGAAGUUCAGAGAUUUUAAGAACACCUUUGGGGAUGUGGGCCUUUUGACCGGAGACGUCCAGUUGAACCCAGAGGCAUCCUGUCUCAUUAUGACCACUGAGAUAUUGAGGUCUAUGCUCUAUAAUGGCUCAGAGGUCAUUCGGGAUCUGGAGUGGGUCAUAUUUGAUGAGGUUCAUUACAUCAAUGAUGCAGAGAGGGGUGUAGUAUGGGAGGAGGUCCUGAUCAUGUUGCCUGAACAUGUGAGCAUUAUUUUGCUCAGUGCUACAGUGCCUAACGCAGUGGAGUUCAGCGAGUGGAUCGGGCGGAUUAAAAAGAGGCCUAUAUAUGUGAUCAGUACAGUGAAGAGGCCAGUACCCCUUGAGCAUCACCUCUACACAGGAAACAGCACCAAGACUCAGAAAGAGCUCUUUCUGCUGUUGGACGCCACAGGAGCCUUCCUUACCAAAGGGUACUAUGCUGCUGUGGAGGCCAAAAAGGAGCGCACCAGUAAACACGCUCAGUCAUUUGGCGCAAAGAACGCAUCACAGAACACCACACCCAGUCAGGACCGGGCCAUAUGGCAGACACUGCUGAACUAUCUGUCUCAGAGGCAGCAGACACCAGUGGUGGCGUUUACCUUCUCCCGCACACGCUGUGAUGAUAACGCUCGCUCGCUGACUUCUUUGGACCUGACCAGUUCUGUGGAGAAGAACGAGAUCCACUCCUUUUUCCAGAGUAGCCUAAGCAGGCUUAGAGGUGGAGACCGCCAGCUCCCACAGAUCCUGCUGAUGAGGGACUUGCUGAAGAGAGGAAUUGGAGUGCACCACAGUGGCAUCCUGCCAAUCCUCAAAGAGGUCAUUGAAAUGCUCUUCUCGAGAGGGCUUGUGAAGGUCUUGUUUGCCACAGAGACUUUUGCCAUGGGUGUAAACAUGCCUGCCCGGACGGUGGUAUUUGACAGCAUCCGCAAGCAUGAUGGAACUGGCUUCAGAAAUCUCCUGCCUGGUGAGUACAUUCAGAUGGCAGGGAGAGCUGGCAGAAGAGGGCUGGACGCUACAGGCACAGUAAUCAUCCUCUGUAAGAGUGGAGUCCAUGACAUGGGUGACCUGCAUGCCAUGAUGCUGGGCAAACCGACCAUUCUGCAGUCUCAGUUCAGGCUGACCUACACCAUGAUCCUCAACCUGCUGCGCGUGGAGGCCCUGAGAGUGACUGACAUGAUGCGCAGGAGCUUCUCGGAGAACCACAGGGACACACAAUCUCAUGAGAAGAGGAUAGCUGAGUUGAGAAAACUGCUGUCCUCCCUCCCUCCUCUGGACACAGAGGGUCAGUUGUCUGACUUGCUGUCAUAUUACCACACUGUUAAUGAACUGCGCAUCACAACAGAAGCCCUGCAGCAAGCAGUGAUGGAGUCAGUGAGCGGACUGAAGUCUCUGUCUGUGGGGCGGGUAGUCAUUGUCAACAACGUCCAGCAUUUAAACGCCCUGUCUGUCAUCUUACAGGUGUCCAAUGAUUCUGUGAAUCGGACAUUCACUGCCCUCAUCAUAUGUGAAAAAGGGAAUGAGGAGCCAUCAGGAGCUGCUCAGACAAACACGGACUUCAGACACCUCCACAACACCAGCCUUUUCAUUCCUGAGGGUCCUUGCAGUCACACAGUGCAGAAGCUGAAGGCUCAGGAUAUCACAGCCAUCACUGUUAAAACCCUGAAGGUCAUUCCAGAGAGAAUCAUUGACAACUAUAACAAGAGACAGCAGCCCCGCUUCAGAAUGGACCCACCUGGCCAGGCCAUUUCCACCGCAACCCAGGAGCUUCUGCGAUUGGCUGAGGCCAACCCAGACGGCAUUGCGACCCUUGACCCUGUCAAUGACCUUCACCUGAAGGGUGUGGAUGUGGUGGAGGGAGUGAUGAGGCAGCGAGUGCUCCAGGACAGUCUGAAGGACUUCCACUGCACUCACUCGCCCACCUUCACUGAGCAGUUUGCCCGUGUGCAGGAGAGGAUGAGUCUACAGGAGGAACUGGAUAGGCUGCUGUUUUUGGUCUCUGAUCUGUCCCUCACGCUGCUGCCAGAGUACAAUCAGAGGAUUAAGGUGCUGAAGGAACUGAAAUACAUUGAUGAGAGCGAUGCGGUGCAGCUGAAGGGCCGUGUGGCUUGCCAGAUCAGUAGCCAUGAGCUGCUGCUGACUGAGCUGCUGUUUGAAAACACUCUGAGCCCUUUAGCCCCAGAGGAGAGCGCUGCCCUGCUGUCUUGCCUCGUCUUUACGCAGAACACGCAGAUAGAGCCGCACAUCCCCAACACAAUACAAGAGGGGAUUGACCGGGUGUUGUGUGUAGCUCAGCGAAUCGGCGAGCUACAGAGGGAGUGUGGCAUCGCACAAACGGCUGAAGACUUCGUGUCCCAGUUCAAGUUCGGCCUGACCGAGGUGGUGUACUGCUGGGCCAGAGGCAUGCCGUUUGCUGAGAUCGCCCAGCUGACGGACGUGCAGGAGGGGACGGUGGUGCGCUGUAUUCAGAGACUGGACGAGGUUCUGAAGGAGGUGAGACAGGCUGCUCGCAUCGUCGGGGACUCCGUGCUGGGCAGUAAGAUGGAGAGAGCAUCACUGGCCAUCCGCAGAGACAUUGUGUUCACAGCCUCUCUCUACACACACUGAGGGAGCGAGGGAUGCAGCACGACUUCCCCAGUGUGUUAGCGAGAGGAAUGAUGGACAAGAAAAGCUCCAAUCCAGUUAGAGAUGACUGCAUGAACUGCAGGAAAUCCCCUAAUCAAAGGGAUACAUAUGUUUGUUUGUGUUUGUAUGUACAGUACUGUACAAAAGCCAGAGAGCCCCUAUUUCAUUUCCAGUCAGAAAGGCCAUUAUGUACUAGUUAUUAAUUUUUCAGUGUUGUAAAAAAGCAGGAAACAUAUUUAGCAGGUAAUUGCCCAGUUCUCUUGUGUAUUUAGUGUCUUCCCAACAAAAUCUGUUCCUAAAGGACGCAGUGUUCGCCUUCAAAGAGACACUACCAUUCACACAAGCGACUCAGCUUAGCUGCCUUCAGAUGCCUUUUUCCAUGUACAUCUAAAAUGACUUAACCCUCUACUGCAUGCGUUGUAAGAACAAUUCAAAAAAUAAAUAUCCGAUCCAUUUUUCUUGAAUAAAAUGGACCCGAUUAUUAAAUAUCAAAAAAAAAAAUGUAAUAAUGUGUGCAGGGGUCAUUUUGGGGUGUGUUGUCUUGAGGCAAUGUUGAGUGACAAUGGGAAGAAAGUAUAUCGGGCUGGGCUCCCUGAAGUGGUGAGACCUGGCUUGUGACUGGUCAAAUCUAUUCCACUGUCGCACAAUGUUGCUUCUAGGCAACAAACAUAUUCUGCAGAUUCUCAUAACCAAAAAAAUUGAAACAAUGUUAAAAAAAGACCAAGAACAUGCUAUUUAUUAAGAUGCUCACCCCAACUCUUCCCUUUAUUGUCAACGCUGACACUGUCUUUAAAUAUGUAUAAUGUUAUUGUAAAGUGAGGAAAAUGGAUUUGUUGCCGUGAGGCGACAUUGUGCAGUAGAGGGUUAAGGAGAUUACAAAUAAAGGAGAUUACAAAUAAGAUAAUCCGCUUUCAUAAUAAAUGGAAGGAAACAAUUUGAAAAAGCAGGAGUUAAAAUAAAAAGAUUGAGCUACAGUAAAAAUGGGACUCCUGGAAGACACUAAAACUGCCCCCAUCAGAUAAACAGCACUUAAAGCUUUCAUCUUUGAGAGGAGAAAAUCGAGCUGCUUCAGAUCUGAAAACAUCCACAGGUGUUUCUGUCCAUCCUUCCACUGUGAGAAGACCACUCAGCGCUGUGGGUCUGAAAGGAUGUGUGGCUGUUCAAGACGAACCUCGCUGAGAGAAGGAGACGGACACAAAUUAGGAAAAUUUGCACUAGAACACAAACUGGACAUCUGAGAUGUGGAAUAAAGUUUGUGGACUGAUUACUGUAAAUUUCUAAUUGGGAUUAGUAGGAUUGUGGGACGCAAAUGGUGGAACCAGCUUUCUUCAGAAAAAAAACUGAAAGCGAUUUUCCUAAAAAAGGAUGGAAGCUUUUAGAAAACAGAAGGUUGGCCAUAUUAAAUACUGUAAAAAAAUUGAUGUUUAGUUGGUGAGGUUUCAGUGUAAUUUUCUCUACCGAUUUUGUCUGGAAGUGUAAAGAAUGAGGGCUACUAUCUGCCUUUGCACUGUACUGUAUAUAUCAGUAAAAGCACUGCAGAUCAGAAAAAAUUGCUGAAGGAAAAAAUGUCCUUUCAGCACGACAGUGAGAUGCAUUACACCCAUCAUGGCUAUGAUCCCCUGAAGAUACUAAAGUCUAACGAUUGUAGCAAAAUUGACUCAGAUGUGUACUUGAAUUACAGAACAUGUUUACAUUUUGUGUGUGUGUUUGAGAGAGAGUGUGCCUGCUUUGCUAGCAAAUGCCUCAGAUUACAGAAGAAAUCUGUACAGAAUUGGAUACCGAGAACAAACCCAGUCAUGGACUGUAAUACAUUAUACAGUAAUAAAUUCCACUGUAUAUGGAAAGAA